AUGAAUUAUAAACCUCCUAUCCUGUACCAAUUUCUUUCCAGCCCAGAGGCUACAAAAAACGCGAUAGACCUUGCUAAAAUGGCUGCUCUGGUAUCCAUAUUAAAAGCCCUGAGUUCCCCGGAAGAAGCAGAUUUGCCGACUGCAUGCAAUUUCCGGAACGUUACUCGGCUCGACGUCUGGUUCCCUUUUUCAACUUCCUUACUAAAUUGUUUUCCAUUAUCAAAUAUCUCUGCUUCAUUUAUUUCUUUUUUUCUAUUUCUUCUUAAAUUGUUUUUUCUUUCUUUUUCUUUGCUUUCUUUUUUCUUUCUUUUUCUUUGCUUUCUUUUUUCUUUCUUUUUCUUUGCUUUCUUUUUUCUUUCUUUUUCUUUGCUUUUUUUCUUUCUUUUUCUUUCUUUUUUUUUGCUUUUCUUUUCUUUUCUUUGCUUUUCUUUUUUUUUUCUUUUUUUUUUUUUUUGUUGCUUUCUUUUUUCUUUCUUUUUCUUUGUUGCUUUCUUUUUUCUUUCUUUUUCUUUGUUGCUUUCUUUUUUCUUUCUUUUUCUUUGUUGCUUUCUUUUUUCUUUCUUUUUCUUUGUUGCUUUCUUUUUUCUUUUUUUUUGCUUUCUUUUUCUUUGUUUUUCUUUCUUUUUCUUUGUUGCUUUCUUUUUUCUUUCUUUUUCUUUGUUGCUUUCUUUUUUCUUUCUUUUUUUCUUUGUUGCUUUCUUUUUUCUUUCUUUUUUUCUUUGUUGCUUUCUUUUUUCUUUCUUUUUUUCUUUGUUGCUUUCUUUGUUGCUUUCUUUUUUUCUUUGUUGCUUUCUUUUUUUCUUUGUUGCUUUCUUUUUUCUUUCUUUUUUUCUUUACAAUGAUUUGAAAGACUUCAUUUUACACGUCUCACGUUUCCAUUCUGACUGGGGAAAGAUAAGCGUGUGUAAAUUCACACGCAUUCUCUCUCGCGCGCUUUCUCUUUCUCUCUCGCGCUUUCUCUUUCUCUCUCUCUUUCUCUUUCACUCUCUCUUUCUCUUUCACUCUCUCUUUCUCUUUCACUCUCUCUUUCUCUUUCACUCUCUCUUUCUCUUUCACUCUCUCUUUCUCUUUCACUCUCUCUUUCUCUUUCACUCUCUCUUUCUCUUUCACUCUCUCUUUCUUUUUAAUUUCAAAUUUCUACCUUUCUAUCACUUUCUUUUUAUGCUUAUCACUUCUCUCUCACUCGCGCGUACGCUUUUUCGCAAUGCAUCUUUUCGGUUUUUUUUUUUUUUUUUUUUUUUUUGUUGUUUGCAUCUUCCCUCUCUUUCUAUCUAUCUAUCUUUAUCUCACGCUCUUACUCUUUUCAUUUAUAUCUCUUUACUCUCACACCCACUUCCUCCAUCACUCUCUCCAUUUUACUGA